GCGCUUCCCGUGCCUGGUUGCCCGGGGCGACGGCCGCUUCCCCUCCUCUCUUCCCGGCAUCAUGUCUGCGGACCAAGUGAGCGGCCUGUGCGAGCAGUUGGUGAAGGCGGUCACGGUGAUGAUGGACCCGGCCUCCACGCAGAGAUACCGACUGGAAGCUCUCAAGUUCUGUGAAGAGUUUAAGGAGAAGUGUCCGAUAUGUGUUCCGUGUGGACUGAAGCUGGCGGAGAAAACCCAGACUGCUAUUGUCCGACACUUUGGUCUUCAGAUCUUGGAGCAUGUGGUAAAGUUCCGAUGGAACAAUAUGGGUCGACUUGAGAAAGUCUAUUUGAAGAACAAUGUCAUGGGACUGAUAUCCACUGGCACCCAGAACAUUUUAGAGGAAGAAAGUCACAUAAAGGAUGUUCUCUCGCGCAUUGUAGUGGAGAUGAUCAAGCGCGAAUGGCCCCAGCACUGGCCUGACAUGUUAAAAGAGCUGGAUGCACUCUCCAAGCAAGGGGAAACCCAGACGGAGCUGGUGAUGUUCAUUCUUCUGCGCUUGGCGGAAGAUGUAGUGACCUUUCAGACACUGCCAGCCCAGCGACGACGGGACAUCCAGCAAACUCUCACCCAAAAUAUGGAGAAGAUCUUUAGCUUCCUGCUCAACACCCUUCAACAGAAUGUUAACAAAUACAGACGCAUGAAAACGGAUGGCUCUCAGGAACCAAAGGCACAAGCAAACUGUCGAGUGGGGAUAGCAGCACUGAACACGCUGGCUGGCUACAUCGAUUGGGUGGCCAUGAGUCACAUCACAGCUGAUAAUUGCAAGCUCUUAGAAAUGCUGUGCCUUCUCUUGAAUGAGCCAGAGCUCCAAGUGGGAGCAGCAGAGUGCCUCUUGAUUGUAGUCAGCAGGAAAGGGAAGCUGGAGGACCGCAAGCCUUUGAUGAUUUUGUUCGGGGACGUUGCCAUGCAUUACAUCCUCUCUGCUGCCCAGACAGCAGAUGGGGAAGGUCUGGUGGAGAAACACUAUGUUUUCUUGAAGAGACUUUGUCAAGUCCUGUGUUCUUUGGGCAGCCAGAUAUGUGCAUUGGUGGGCCCCGACACAGAUGUGAAAACACCAGCCAACUUUGGGAAAUACCUCGAGUCGUUUUUAGCUUUCACGACACAUCCCAGCCAGUUCUUACGCUCUUCCACCCAGAUCACAUGGGGAGCUAUUUUUCGGCAUGAAAUUCUAUCACAUGAUCCUCUGUUGCUGGCUAUCAUUCCCAAAUAUCUGCGAGCAUCUAUGACUAAUCUAGUCAAGGUGGGCUUUCCUUCCAAGACAGACAGUCCCAGUUGUGAAUAUUCUCGCUUUGACUUUGACAGCGAUGAAGAUUUUAACUGCUUCUUCAACUCUUUCCGUGCCCAGCAAGGAGAGGUUAUAAGGAUGGCAUGUCGCCUGGACCCACGGACUGGUUUUCAGAUGGCUGGGGAGUGGCUGAAAUUCCAGUUGUCCUCUCCUGUUGAUAUUGGCCCCAUGAACUCUAAAACUGGUGAAGGCCUCUGCUCCAUCUUUUCUCCUUUCUUCGUGCAGUGGGAUGCUAUGACCUUUUUCUUGGAGAGCGUCAUUAGCCCGAUGUUCCGGACUCUGGAUAAGGAAGAGAUCCCAGUGUCUGAUGGCAUAGAGCUGCUGCAGCUGGUUCUGCGUUUUGAAACGAAGGAUCCGCUCAUCUUGUCUUGCGUCCUGUCAAACGUCUCUGCACUCUUUCCGUUUGUCACUUACAGGCCAGAAUACCUGCCGGAGGUUCUUUCCAAGCUCUUUUCCUCCGUCACCUUUGAGGUUGUAGAAGAAAGCAAGGCCCCAAGAACCCGUGCAGUGAAAAACGUGAGAAGGCAUGCCUGCUCUUCAAUCAUAAAGAUGUGUCGGGAUUACCCUCAACUUGUCCUGCCAAACUUUGACAUGCUGUAUAACCACGUGAAGCAGCUGUUAUCCAAUGAGCUGCUCCUGACUCAGAUGGAGAAAUGUGCUCUCAUGGAAGCCCUAGUCCUUAUCAGCAAUCAGUUCAAGGAUUAUGAGCGACAGAAAGUGUUCUUGGAAGAGCUCAUGUCUCCUGUUGCUACCCUUUGGCUGUCUGAGGAUAUGAAAAGAGUCUUGAUGAAUACUGAAGACUUUAUCCGCUACAUUGGUGCCGAUAACAAAAUAGUAGAUCCGAUCAUGGAAGAUCCCUGUGGUCUCAACCGUUCUAGAAUAAGCUUUUGUGUCUACACCAUUCUGGGAGUUGUAAAACGUGCACGUUGGCCCACUUCACUGGAGGAGGCAAAGGCUGGAGGAUUUGUGGUUGGGAGCAUGCCCAACGGCAAUCCUAUCUAUCGUAACCCUUGCUCUGACCAUGUCCUUAAACUUCUGGACAACUUGCUUGCUCUCAUAAGGACGCACAACAAUCUGUACCUGCCGGAGAUGGUGGCUAAAUUGGGGGAAACUUUUGCAAAGGCCUUGGACAUGCUAGAAGUGGAGAAAAAUGCCAUCCUUGGCCUUCCUCAACCUCUGCUGGAGCUUUAUGAUUCUCCUGUUUACAAAACUGUCUUGGAAAGGAUGCAGGGUUUUUUCUGCACCUUGUAUGACAACUGCUUCCACAUUCUGGGGAAUGCCGGCCCAUCAAUGCAGCAAGAUUUCUACACUGUCGACGGCCUAGCAUCUGAGCUUCUUAACUCUGCCUUUGUCAAUCUUUUCAACAUCCCUGACUUCAGACUCCGUCCUCUGCUCCGUGUGUUUGUGAAACCCUUGGUCCUCUCCUGCCCAGCAGAACACUAUGACUCUCUUAUCUGUCCUAUCCUUGAGCCACUCUUCACCUACUUACAUAUGAGGCUGUCCCAGAAAUGGCAAGUCAUCAACCAGCGGAGUCUGCUUUGCGAUGAGGACACAACCGAUGACAACCCAGAAUCCCAGGAAAUGUUGGAAGAACAGCUGGUUAGGCUGCUCACCCGAGAAGUCAUGGACUUGAUCACUGUGUGCUGUGUCUCAAAGAAGGGUGCUGAGCAGAAUAAUGCUGUUGCCGCAGAUGGAGAUGAUGAGGAAAUGAUGUCCACGGAGGUGACGCCACCAUCCAGCUCUGAGCUCACUGAACUGGGCAAGUGCUUGAUGAAGCAUGAGAGUAUUUGCACUGCUCUGCUGAUAACAGCCUUCGCUUCCCUUUCCUGGAAGGAUACCCUGUCUUGCCAAAGAACCACCACCCAACUCUGCUGGCCACUGCUCAAACAGGUCCUAAGUGGGACCUUGAUCCCUGAUGCAGUGACCUGGUUUUUCACAAGCGUGCUAAAAGGGCUACAGAUGCAUGGGCAACAUGACGGCUGUAUGGCCGCUCUUGUUCACUUGGCUUUCCAGAUCUAUGAGGCCUUGCGUCCACGCUAUGCUGAACUGAAGGCAGUGAUGGAACAGAUUCCAGAAAUUCAAAAAGAAUCCUUGGAGCAAUUUGAUAACAAGCUGCUCAACCCAACACUGCAGAAAGUUACAGACAAGCGCAGGAAGGACAAUUUCAAACGCCUAAUUACAGGUUGUUUUGGGAAGCCUCUAGGAGAGCAAUUCCGCAAGGAAGUUCAUAUCAGAAACCUGCCAUCUCUUUUCAAAAAGGUGAAACCACCUGCAGAGGCAGGUACAUUGGGAAACAAUGAAGAGGGAACCCUCAUCGCACUCUUUGAGCCAUAAAUUCAGAAUACUUCCAUUCCACCUAUGCCAUUGUAUGGUGUGUUCUUUCACAGUACCCAGUUGUUU